GUUGCACUCAGUGAAGGAGUCAAAGAGCUUUGCACUUCUGUCUAUAAUCAGUUGUGAUGGAGUUCAAAACUUUUUUGCUUUCAGUUUUAGUUGCAUGCACGUGCGCUCAAACCUUUAAUGAUAGAGUUUUCCCUCCAGUGAAGAUCGGCACUUCUUUCCCACCUUUUGGAGCGGUUGCCGUCAUCCAAGAGGACUCAUGGCCUGCACGUCCAACUAACAGCACUAAUGCAGUGCCAUACAACCAAACUACACAGACCUUUCCAAUCUCUAAGGAUGCUGUGCUCUUCCUCAAAGGCCUGCUGGUCACACGUGUGAUGCCCUCUUUCUACAUCCUCCUCUUCCUCAUUAGUUUGCCCUUAAACGCAUUGGCCCUGGUGACGUUCACCUGUAAGAUUAAAGAAAAGAAACCGGCUGUGAUCUACAUGUCAAACCUGGCGUGUGUGGAUCUGCUCUUCACCCUGCUGCUUCCUCUGAAGAUCCACUAUCAUCUGAACGGAUCUGAUUGGGUGUUUGGUGAGGUGGCGUGUCGUGUGCUAAGCGCUGCUUUCUACUGCUACAUGUACUGCUCCAUACUGCUGAUGAUGUGUAUAAGUGUGGACAGACUGCUGGCUGUGGUUUUCCCCAUCGUCUCUCUGACCUGGAGGACAACGAGGAAUUCUGCUUACGUUUGUGCGCUGGUCUGGUUACUGUCAAUUGCUGGCACGGUCCCACUUCUCUCUAUAACGCAAACGUUCAACAUCAAGGAUUUGGGCGUCACCUGCCACGAUGUGCUGUACCACAUAAAGUUGUAUUACUACCUGUUUUCCAUUCUGUCCGGCCUUUACUUCUUCCUGCCAUUGGUCAUCACUUUGGCGUGUUACUUUACUAUUAUAUAUGAACUCAGUGCCCAAACACGUCGCUUAGCAACAUCAUCAUCAACCUCAGAUAAUAAAAAGAGAGCUGUGAUUAUGGCGAUCGCCGUGCUGAUAGAGUUUGUGGUUUGCUUCGCAGCAUCAAAUGCAAUUCUGUUGUAUCAUUGUGUUCGUCUGGGCACAGGAGGUCACACCGAUGAGGGGAAAUAUUACAUGUUAGCUGUGUGUGCAGGAAGCUCAAGUGUUUUUCUGGAUCCUCUGCUGUACUACUAUGGAUCUUCACAGUGCAGGGAGAAAAUAAACUCUGUGUUUUGGUGGAGAAAAACAGAAACUUCAUUAUCAAACACUCAGUCAAGCUCACCUGUGUGAACCGUUCAGUUAAUGAAAUUUUGUAUCAGUAUGCAAUAUGCAUUAAUAUAAUAUUUCAAACAAAACUAAAAUGUAAAUGUAUUGUCUAUUUUUAUGCAGGGCUUUGAACCAGAUUUUUUCCCCAAUUGGUUUGUUUCGAGCAGAAACAGUAUUGUAACGUUUCCGGUUUUCGGUUCAACCCUAAAAUUGAUGUUUCUGAACCGGUUAGAACAAAAAAUAAAGUUCCUGAACCAAUUAAUAACGUUCCACGUCAGCUGUGGGACAUACAAAUAAGUAGGCUGAUCAUUAGGACAUUAAACAAAUUAUUAGUCUACAUAAUUUUCCUUAAAGCAACACUAAAGAGUUUUUGCUCUUUGCUUCCCCUACAGGUUGGAAGCGGAAUUGUCCAUUACCACUGUCGUAAAUAAUUUAGCCUACUGCAGCAAAGCUGGCUCUGAUUGGAUUGUAACUUGGCAUAAAGCAAGUUUUUGUAGUUUUCACUCGAACUACAGGACCGCGACCCGACGGUUGGAAACUUCUUUAGUGCGGUUUUGGCCGAUAGAGGGCUGCAAAGCGAAUGUGAAAGUGCCGUUCACCCUGUUUGGAGUGGAUGAACGACUGAAACCUUUUUGGAAACGUUAUUUUAAAGUUAAAAAAAUCUUUGGUGUUGCUUUAAGUCUCUAUCUUGUCAUCAAACAUUAAAAACGGCUACAUUAUGUAAGCGACAUAACUGUAAUUCUGACAUAUUAGACAGAAAUCUUAAAAUUAUAGUAUUAAACGGUUACCAUUAUUUUAAAUAAACAUUUCUGUUCCGGAUCAUAUAUUUUUUGUUAAUAAGUUUCUGGUUUUGUUUCUGUUCCUCGCAAAAUAUCAAAGUUUCUGGUUUUCGUUUUCGUUCCUUAAACCGGUUCAAAGCCUUGAUUUUAUGUUAAAGCUAAUGUAUUGUUAUUAUAACAUUUUCAAAAAUGUUUAAUUGUACAAACACUGCAUAAUGUAUUUGUGAAUAGGUUUUUAAACGUAUAGUUUUAAAAUGUAGAUCUUUUCAUCCUAAUCACAAUUGUAAGGUUUUUCUCCAGUGUGAAGUCGCAUGUGAAUAUCAAGUACAGACUAUGAGCGAAGGUCUUUCCACCACAGACACAUCUGUAAGGCUUUUCACCAGUGUAUAAACGCAUGUGCACAUUAUGGGCUCUAUCUUACACCGCAGCGCAGUGCACGACGCAAGUGUCUUUUGCUAGUUUCCACCCUGCGCAAUUAAAAUUUUCAUGUUUAGCGCCUCAUUGUUUAAAUAGCAAAUGCACCCCCCCCCCAUUCUGGUCUGAAAACGAGGUGUGUUCAGGUGCAUUGUUGGAGCUUUGCUAUUUUGAGGCAACUAAUAUAGACUACGCUAAAGUCUAAAGUCAAUGGCGCAAUAUGUUUUUUUGUUAUUAAAAGAGCGCAUUAGUAAUAUGCGCCUAUAAACAGGACAACGCGGGUUUGCUUAUCAGACACAUGAAUGCGCAGCAGCACAAAAACGCUUUUAAAUAUGAAAGAUUAAAGGAUUGAAUGUAAAAGAUUAUUAUUGAGUCUCUUGGACAUAAAUGAGGACUAAUUAUGAGACGUUAGAAGGCGCAAAGAGCUGCUUCACCUGUAGACUGGUAAGUAAAUAAAUGCUUUGCUUUAAACAAAUGCAUCUGUUUUUAAAUGUUGUUUUUUUAAUGCUACCUCGCGGAUUUAUUGUAUAUGAUGGCUCUGUACCUGUGGAUAUACUGAGAUGAGAAACAUUUUUAAGUAAUGCUUAAAAAACUCAUGACGCUGUCCAAGUGCUGAAAUGUGCAGAGAGCCGUUUGCAAAUUCUCCUGUUUGUAACAAAUAAAGUAUUUUUAGAGUACAAACCUUUUCUUACAUACUUGUAAAUUAUUUUUUGAUGAUAUUGGAUAGCCAUACGUUUAAAGCAAUUAAAAGCCUGAUUUUUUACUUCCAUGACUAAAAGAAAACGGAUUUUAAAGGUUUUAAUGAAAAAAUAACAAUUUCAAUACAAGUGAAAAACAACACAAUUAUUUAACAUUAAUCUUAAACUGGGGAUCGUCUUCCUUCACUUAGUUUUUCAGUUUACAAAGUCCGUCUGAGACUCUCAGGAGAGGAUGAGACUCUCAUUGGUUUAUUGCACGUUACGCCCAAAAUACUCCCAUUAAUCAUUAAAAAAUUAGGACCAACCCUUUUAGACCAUGCACUCAGCGCACAAACCAUUUUUCCCGUCGUUAAAUUAGCAAAAGUGGAUUCGGACACACCCAUAUAGACGUUGUGCUGUGCGCUUUGGACAAUGCGCUUAGAUCGUUAAAAUAGGGCCCAAUAUGUAUUUAUAUGAGACUUUUUAUGCAACUUCCUUAAGUCUCGAAGAAAAAGAUACACAUUAAACACAAACCAUAAACAUUUUCCUGAGUACAGAAGUAACUCAGUCUGAAAACAUUUUUAUCAUCUCAAGAUUUCAAAGCAUCCAUUAAACAGCAAAUCAAAAUUGCAAAGAAAACAUCUCAAAGAAGUUUUUUUUAUUGAAGCUUUUACAACAAAUCACCUAAAAUAAAAGCAUUUGCUAAACAAAUAAAUAUUAAUGUCUAUGACACACUUCUUGUGGAACCUGUGGUUUGUGUAAUAGUAGCCAAAUGGGUUUACUGGAGCCUAAAAGGAUGAGUGAUGUCACAUUAACACUGUCAUAUUAACCCAGAUCAGACUGAAUACAGACUUAAACAUUCACUCUGUGUCUGUCUGUCUGUCUGAAGACUCUGUAGUUUCAUGAUUUGAAGAUGUUUUUGUUAAAUACUUUCUCUAGGUCACUCAUGGGGUUGAAAACUCUCUUGCUUUUAAUGAUAGUUGUGCAUACAUGCACUGAAGAGAACGGUAGUGGUUAUUCUUCGACUGAGGAUUGGCAAGAUAAUGACAAUGGUAACAUAUAUUUACAUUUUUAGAUUUUAAAGCAAUAAUGGAAAAUGUUUUUACACAGUUUUGAAAAGAUAAAGUCCAUGUGUAUGUUUUUUGAGUUUUUUCUCAAGGGGGAGAUGGGAGGACAGAUGAUUUGCAUUUGCAUUUCCCUUAACAAAUAGCAGCUUUAGCCCUGCUUACCAGGCUGUGCAAGUUAUUGAUUAUACCUUAUCAACAUUAUAGUUGCAUAUAUUAUUUUUAUACAUUGCUCUUCACUCAUAAUUGUCUCUGUAAACAUUG